AUGGUGGCUUCUGUCACCGGCCGGUUCCGAGGGGCCCGAAGGGUAACGAGCAGCCCCGGGGGUUACCGGAGGAACCGGGCAGCCGGGCCGGAAGUGCGUCACCGCCGCUUCCGGCACCCGCGGCGCUCCAAGAUGGCGGCGCUGGCGUUGAGGUGUGUGACCAGGAGGUGUCUGCUGGCCCAGCUCAGCCCCGGGCUCCCCGGGAGGCACAUUAUCCCCAUGGGAACGACAGCCAAGGAGGAGAUGGCUCGUUUCUGGGACAAAAACACCAAAUCCAAUCGUCCCUUGUCCCCUCACAUCACCAUUUACAAGUGGUCCCUGCCCAUGGCCAUGUCCAUCACCCACCGAGGCACCGGCGUGGCUCUCAGCUUAGGUGUCUCUCUCUUCAGCCUGGCUGCCCUACUGCUCCCACAGCAGUUCCCACACUACCUGGCCAUGGUGGAGUCACUCAGCCUGGGACCUGCCCUCAUCUACUCUGCUAAGUUUGCUCUGGCUUUUCCCUUCUCCUACCACACCUGGAAUGGGAUCCGACACCUGGCAUGGGAUCUGGGCAAAGGGUUCAAGAUCCCCCAGGUCAACCAAUCCGGGGUGCUGGUCCUGGUUCUGACCCUCUUCUCCUCCGCUGGCCUCGCAGCCAUGUGAAGGAGUCUCCUGGUGAUGAGCUCCCUGCUUUGGGAAGGUUUGCUCCAUCCUGACCCACCUCAAGAUGUGUGUGGAGAGGGAGGCAGGAGGAGAGGCUGCCCAGUAACUAUAAUCUUUGGGGAAGGUGGCACUUCCCCUCUUCAGGAAUCUUGUGUAUGAUCAGAGUUGCUUUGCAUUUUCCUCAGCUGGGGGGGGGGACAGAGCUUGGGCUGCCUCCUGCCCAGCAGCCACAGGAACAAACCCACAGCUGAGCCCGUGCCCGUUCUAGAGCUCACAGGGAGCUGCUGAGCUUCUUCCAGGCAAAAACUCCAGGGCUUUUCUUUUUUUUUCUGGUCCCCAAGCUUGAGACAAUGCUGAAUUUGUGUCCCCAAGGUCCGAGUGGGCUCGGGGGUGCUGGUGCUGUGUGUGUAGGCCCAGUGCAGGACAAGCACCUCCAUUGAGGCACUCGGUGCCAGGGCAGGCAGAGCGGGCGGAGCUGCCAACGCCGGCAGCCGUGAGGUGAAUCCAUGCCCUGUGCUCCCCCAGCCCUGUAGCUUGGGAAUGGGAUGGGGGUGCUCAGGGCUUCACUUCUCCUCAUCUUUGAAAAUGUGUUGUGAUUCAGCCAGCUUUGGCCCUGGAGCCCCUGCCAGGGAAAAAGUCUGACUUUCCCAAUAGGAAGUCCCUGUCUGUAGGACGGGGAGGGAUGUGGGUUUGUCACUCCCAGCCUCCAGCUCUCCUUUCAGCACUUAUCACUCAUCCACCUUUGCAAUAAAGCAACCUUGAUCCUUCUUACUGA